AUGACUGUCCCCCAGCCCCAAGGAUUGUCACAGUCAAUAGCAGUGGCGACGUCUGAGGGUGGUCAUCAGAGGCAGAAAAUUGCUGAGUUAGAAGAAAAACUACAGGUGCUGGAGUCAGGGCAGGCAGCCAAGCGAAGGGAGACGAACUACUAUGUGUCGAAGGGAAGGGCCAUCAGACACAUAAUUACAUUAUAUGAUGCCAUGGAAGAUCUCAUAGCCAAGAAUGAUAGGAGAUGCGAUGACCACAAGUCGGACGAAAAUGUGACUGUCAAUCAGGAGCAUUUGCAAUAUGCAUACAUCGCCCUUAACAACACCCUCCCAUGGUUUCACCAAAGGACUUCAGAGCUGCAGUACAAUGAAUACAUGCAAAUGUUAAAAAAGCUUAGGCAGGGGGCCAAUAGCGCUCAGGGAGAUGACACCUUGAAGCUCAAGAGCCUCAUCGCUGACUGGGUUAAUCAUGAAUUGAAACCUAAUCCCCCAUACUACUUUGCCCAACUGAACUGGAGCAACCCAAUCAUUAGAGCAGGGAUCAGGGAUCGUGCAGACAGCUAUGUCGUGAUGGAAAUGUCCUGGCCAGCAUUCCUGUAUGAAAAGUACACAGCUGAUCCAGACAAUCUAGAGGAGGGCCUAUUUAAGAGCAGUCUCUUAGUUCAGGCCUUCAAAGCUAUAUUCACAUCUCCCUCCUCUGCCAAGGAGGUUGCCAAUGAAGGUGAUGGGGCCAAUAUUAUCACCAACAACCGAUGCGCCAAGAAGGAUUUGUAUUCUGGCAAGAAAGUCAAGACGCACGUAGCACAAAUAAUCAAGAUGCAUAAAGUCACUCCCCGUUCGAUUGCCUAUGUAUCAUGUCAAUUGCAAUUCACCCUUUCUUCUGUGACCUCAUGGCGCUCUAUCGACAAUGACUUCGACUACACCCUGUUUUGGCAGAGCAUCAUAGAUUUCUUUGAGUGGCCCCCUGGUCACACAGCACAGCGAAAAGUUGAGCAACUCCUGGCAUGGUGGACAAGGAAAGUCUUCGGAAUCAGUCAUCGUGCAGAACUCAGUGUUGGGGUGAAGGCUCAGAUGUCAGUAAAUGCGCUAGCCAGGCAAAGAGUGCAACUAGAUGAUGCCACCUUCAAUUCAGACUAA